AUGGUCUGGGAUAAAGAAUCGCUUUUACCAGUGAUGGAAGAAUGUUUGACAUCCGGCCAAGAUUUUGUGUUUCAGCAAGAUGGUGCAGCGUGCCAUACCUCUAAAAAGGCUAUAAAAUGGAUGGAAGAAACUAAUGUACCACUUUUGAAAUGGGUUUCUACCAGUCCAGAUCUGUCACCUAUUGAAACUUUGUGGCACGAUAUGAAAAAGAUUCUACGACAACAUCCUGCUCUCAUUAGAAAAAUGGAACUCAACCGAGAACAUUUUCGCGCCAUACUUUAUUACAACUUUCAGAGACAAUUAUCGCAACAAGAAUGCCUUGCUGAGUUACUGUCUGUUUUCGGAAACGAAGCGCCACAUCAUUCUACAAUUUCCCGAUGGUAUGGAGAAUUCAAACGUGGACGGGUGAGUCUUAGCGACGAUCCCAGGAUUGAGGCGUCCUCGAAGAUGUCAAUUCAAAAAAUUUUACAUGAAGAAUUAGGAGUAAGAAAAUUAGUUUCUCGUUGGAUACCACACCUGUUGACUGAAGAGCAGAAAGCAGCCAGGGUUAAUUGGUGUCAAAAAACGCUUGACCGUUUCAAUUCCGGAAACUCAAAAAAUGUGUUCAGCAUUUUUAGUGGUGAUGAAUCGUGGAUUUACUGUGUUUCGAAAAAGAUGGUCGCGACAUUUGUGUCAAAAGCGGGUCAUAUUGCAACAAUUCCUCUUAAUGAGCAAAUAACUAUUAUUGCGGAUUGGUAUACCACCAUUUGUUUUCCAAAAGUCAUCACCGAGCUUCGAAAAAUCAACCCCGAAAGAAUAAUCAUCCUCCACCAAGACAAUGCAAACUCGCACACAGCCCAAAAAACAAGGCGGUAUUUAACGGAAGAAAACGUGGAAUUAUUGGACCAUCCUCCAUAUAGUCCCGAUCCAAGUCCUAACGAUUUAUUUACUUUCCCGAAAAUUAAAAAGAGACUGCGUGGUCAAAGGUUCCAGUCACCAGCAGAAGCAGUUGACGCAUUCAAAAAUGCCAUUUGGGAUCUGCCAGCAAACGAGUGGAAUAAGUGCUUCGAAAAUUGGUUCGAGCGCAUGCAGAUGUGUAUUAAUCUUCCUAAUUUUUCUCGAAAUGCCAUUCAAAAUUUCCACAAUAAUCAUUUGUGGAGAGAAGAAAAUCCCUAUGCCUGGUGCAGACAACGGUCACUCUGGGAUCAGGAAUGGAACAGUAUUGUCUUUAGUGACGAGUCUCGAUUUUGCUUAGGCAUGCACGAUGGUCGUGCCAGGGUUAGAAGGCGACGUGGUGAAAGGAGGAAUCCACAGUUUUUUGUUGAAAGACAUGUUCAUCACACUGUUGGAGUUAUGGUUUGGGGUGCUAUAGCUUAUGGUUCCAGGUCACCUUUAAUCUUCAUCAGAGGUAACAUGAACGCGCAGCGUUAUAUCCACGAAGUUCUAGAACCCCAUCUUUUACCCUAUCUUGACACCCUGGCAGAUCCAACUUUCCAACAAGAUAAUGCCCGACCACAUGUUGCAAGAGUCACAAUAGACUUCCUUCAACAUAAUGAUGUCACAUUGUUACCAUGGCCACCAAGAUCUCCCGACUUAUCCCCAAUUGAGCACGUGUGGGAUAUGAUGGGUAGGAGAUUGCUCAAUUUGCAACGUCCUCCUCAAACUCUAGAAGCACUUCGAGAGGAGUUGGUGGUUGCCUGGAAUGAGAUACCACAGGAGGACAUUGACCACCUGAUCAGAAGCAUGCCUAGGCGCGUUGGAGAAUGCGUAGCACAUCAGGGUGCAUCCACACAUUAUUAA